CGUCCUCUCAAACAACGUCAUGAUUGGAGCAGCGACAUCAAGCGUCAUCAAUGCCGAGAUUGCAUUGGCGAAGGGCUACUUGUCAUGAGAAGAAAAAGGGCACGAGAAGAAAGGAUGCAGGAUUGACCAAUCUUUCUGCGAAGGGGGUUCUCGCGAAUGAAGGCGGGAAUACAUGGCCUUAGAAUUAACGAUGCGCUGACUUGGCGAAAGGCGCCUGGCACGAGAUCGACAUUUUGGCACAUCAUCGUGUGUGACAAUGUGAAUGAGAAGCAAAGGUUUUCUCGGGGCGUUUUGGCCGUUAUUCGUGAUUGCAUGCAGUCACGACGAGUCACAGCAUAUGCAGCAGCAGCAGCAGUGAUCGAUCGAGCGCUCGAUCGCAGCUAUAAGGGCGCGUCGCGUGACGCCGAACACCGCCGCGCGGCGGAAGGCAACAUAUGUGCGUCCCUCAUCGAUCCCCAUGCAGCAGUGCACAUGCACCGGUCAGUCGUGAGUGUGAUUGUUGUGAGUGUUCCUAUGCAACCUGAUCACGAUUUCGACUUAAUUGCAUGGCUCGUGACUGCUGCGAUGCGUGCGUGGUACGUGCUGCCUGCGUUGGGGGAAGGCUGUGUGUGACUGUUCGAGGUCAACAGGAUGGAGGCUUGAUCGGUUGAGAUUGAGAUCGACUGCGAGAUUCACGAUUGUUCGAGCUUUGGACGGAUGCGAGAUUCGUGAUUCUGAUUCUCACUGCCAACUUCCUUCACCUCUCCUCUGCCUUACCUCGGUCGGUAACUUGUUCGAUAUGCUGCUCUGGCAUAUGUAGUUGUGAGUCACGAGUUGCCUGGCUUCAUCCCACCACGCAAUUCCGCCUUCUACAUGGGCGGCGCACACACCAGCUAGCGUUCCUCGCCUCGAUCUCUCUCAAGCCAUUCC